AGAACAGGUAAAAAAAAAUGUGUACUUUAGAUUAGUUUUAGAUCAUAAUAAACCAAAAAUCUACGAUUCUCUUCGUGACCACGUUACCAAACGCCCGCUGCAGUUUCAUUUUCCGACUCAUCACCGCCGUCGGGUAGCAUCUCCGGCGGUCGAGUUAACGGUGAAAUCAACGACGGCCUCUUGGAUCGCUGCGAAUCCGGUUUUAGUAGCUUGAUUGGUUGCGGUGGCCGAGAUGGCUGGGAUUACGAUAGUUUUCGACUUCGAUCGGACGAUCAUUGAUGGCGACAGUGAUAAUUUGGUGGUGACGCAAAUGGGUCUCACCAAUCUCUUCAACGAGCUUUACUCUUCCUUGCCAUGGAACUCUCUCAUGGAUCGCAAUUUGCAUUUUGAUACCUUGAUGGUGGAGCUCCAAUCGCAAGAAAGAACUAUAGAGGAUAUUGCUGAGUGUCUGAAAGGCGCUGCAUUGCAUCCACAAAUUAUUGCUGCUAUUAGAUCAGCUGAAGCUGUUGGGUGUGACUUAAGGAUAAUUAGUGAUGCUAAUCAGUUUUUCAUUGAGACAAUCUUAAAACAUCAUGGUGUUUUGGGAUGCUUUUCAAAGAUCUACACGAAUCCUACCUUUGUAGAUGGGAAGGGAAGGCUUAGAAUCUUACCAUUUCAUGAUAACUCAACUUCUCAUGGUUGCAAUCUGUGCCCAUCAAAUAUGUGCAAGGGCCUGGUAAUUGACCAAAUCCGAGCUUCUAAAAGCGUAAACCAUAAAUUCAUAUACAUUGGAGAUGGGAGAGGUGAUUUUUGCCCAACCCUGAGGCUUGAAGAAGAAGACCAUGUAAUGCCUAGGAAGCUCUAUCCCCUCUCCGAGCGGAUAAACUCCAAUCAAACACUUGUAAAGGCUAAGACCCAUGAAUGGAGUGAUGGGAAAGAGCUGGAAAAGAUCUUAUCUGGCCUUGUGGAUGUAAAAUAAUUGAAUGUUGCCAUCCCAAUUUGCUGAUAAUCAUUUAUUACAAGACCUGAAGUCCAGAGGUAAUUUAAUUUGGUGGAAACUUGGUGACCCGUGAUUAAUAUCCUACGAGUUACCUUGUCAACCAAAUGUAGUAGGGUCAGGUGGUUGGCCCGUGAUAAAUCGAGGUGUGCAAAUAUCAUGUUUGCUUAUUAUUGRAAACUGGUCGCUUAUUAUUCAAUCAUAUUACUCUGGGACUAAGCUUUUUUGUGCAAUAUCAUAACUUUGGCAGAUAUCAUGUUUGCUGUCUGUUUUCUUAUUAGGAGGAGAAUUGGUUAACAUUUUCUUUUAUAGUCACCCAUCAAAAGAGAAUAUUUUCUCAACUUUUGUUAUUAUAACUAUUUGCAGAUGUUGAAGCAACUAGCUAUUGUCUCAUCAAUUUAUUGUAUCAGAAAAUCAACUCGUAUAAAGAUGUGC